UGAGACGGCUAUUUUCCACCACACGGCAGGUGCGGGCGUUUCCGUUGGCGGUGAGCGACCUGCUGGCGCGGCACUCAAUCGAUACACGUGUCGGGGAUUUUGAGGCCGACGCCAACGAGCCAAUUAUUGAUCAUUUGCGACGUCGGUCGCUGAUCGAGACGGUGGUCAACGAAGACCACCUGGCCCGGCUGGCCCGCGAAAAAACGCUCGGUCUGUAUUGCGGAGCAGACCCAACGGCAAAGUCGUUGCAUCUGGGCAACCUGCUUCCGCUGAUGGUUCUUUUGCACUUCAAUCUCCGGGGACACAGUAUCACAGCCCUGGUGGGAGGAGCCACCGGAACGGUUGGUGAUCCGUCAGGGAAAACGACGGAGCGCGCGCAGAUGGAGCAGCAGGAGCGGCUGGACAACGUGGCGCGUAUCGAGGCGCAGUUCGAGCAGUUUUUCUCCAACGGCCGUCGCUACGCUGCCAGUCGCAACCAUUUGCUGGACAGGCGCCACGGCGAGGUUGCCGUGCGCAACAAUCACGAUUGGUGGAAAGAUAUGGGGUUUCUGGAGUUUCUGGCCAGAUACGGCCGGUUCAUCAGAGUAAACCAGAUGCUUUCGAGAGAGUCGAUCAGAAGCAGACUGGAUUCUGAGCAGGGCAUAGGCUUCAACGAGUUCACGUACCAGUUGCUGCAGGCCUACGAUUUCUACUAUUUGAAUGAAAACCACGGCGUUGACGUUCAGGUGGGCGGAAACGAUCAGUACGGCAACAUUGUUGCCGGCUUGGAUUUGAUAGACAGACUGCACCCUGGCGAGAGGAAAAAAGCGUUUGGCGUCACUGUGCCGCUGCUGACGACCGCGAACGGUGUGAAGUUCGGCAAGAGCGCCGGCAAUGCCGUCUUCAUCGACAAGAGCCUCACUCCGUCGUUCCAAUUGUACCAGUUUCUGUACAACACGCUGGACGAGGACGUUGCGAAGCUGCUGUAUAAAUUUUCGCUGCUGCCAACGGCGCUGAUCGAGCGCGUGUGCGAAUUUCACCGGCACAACCGGGCGCUGCGGCUGGGCCAGCGCCUGCUGGCGGUGGAACUAUGCGACCUUCUCCACGGCAACGGAGAGGGCCGAGCAAACAUGGUGAUUAGCGACGCACUGUACGAAGACACAGAGCUGGACGUCGACGAGGUUCUGGCCGCAUUCCGUCGACAAAACAUGAUCACGGCGGUCGGCAAGGAGGAACUCGCGAGCGUGGGGGAUCUUCUGCACCGCAAGCUGGCGGGCGUGUCGAAAAAGGAGAUCAAACGACUGCUGGCGGGCGGCGCAGUUUCUGUCGGCAAGCAGCGCGUCAAGCUGAGCCGGUGGGACGACCCGGUCGACAGAAACCUCGUUGUCGACGGCCGGCUGCUGCUGAUCCGCACGGGCAAGCAAGUCCACGUGUUUGAGGUGAAAUAGAGCUGUAAAUAAAUUAUCCACUGCCCUUGCUGUGUCUGAACAGUUUCAUGCUGAGCCAUGACACGACGCACCAGAUCCACAAAAUGACAAAAUUCAGAGCAAACGCGUAAAGAUAGUAGCUGUCGAUGAUCUCGUUGCCCUCGCCGUCCAGCACUUUCCACUGCGAGAGCCACUUGGCGGCGCUGGUGCUGGAGAACACCCAGCCCCAGGCCCCGACCACAGUGCCGAUGCUCACCACGAAAACGGCCCAGCUGACCGCCAAGAUAAGGUAGCCAUACAGCCGCAGUUUCUCGCCCACAAGCUCCUUCUGCAGCGCGCAGGGGUUGUAAUGGACCGAGUGUGUGUUUCUGUGUUUGGAUCGAGGCAUGGAAAAAUAAUAUUUAUGGAAAUCUCUCAGCUGGCAGAAUUAUUUAAGCAGAAAUACGCCCAACAGCAGCGCCAGACCAUUCGCAGGCUGCUCGCAGAGCGCCGGCCCAGCAGUCGUCCGUUUGGACAACAGCUCGCCGUGAUCAGCCGGCUCAUGGACAAGUACGCCGACGAAGAGGCCCAGAGCGCCGCCCUCGACGUGGUGCUGCAGUCGGGCGUGUACGAGCGGCUGGAGAACCACGCCGACGAGCCAGACUACACGGACCGGCUGGUCAGAGCGCUGCUGGAAUGGUACAAGAACGAUUUUUUCACGUGGAUUAAUCGGCCCCCUUGUCCCUGCGGCAACGCAGACCAGACAAAGAUACAGCCGCUCCCGCCGGUGGGGCCAUACAAAAAAGAGCACUUCGACGGCCGUGCGGACAUCAUUGAGCAGUACAGGUGCGCGGAGUGCUCCCAAACCAUCGAGUUCCCGCGCUACAACAACCCAAAGACGCUGCUCUCGUUCCGCAAAGGACGCUGCGGAGAGUGGAACAACUGCUUUAUUCUGAUCCUGUGCGCGCUCGGGCUCAAGGCGCGGUACAUUUGGAACGCAGAAGACCAUGUGUGGUGCGAAUACUACUCGCAGUACCUCAAACGGUGGGUCCAUCUCGACAGCUGCGAAAACCAGUUCGACAACCCGACGCUUUAUUGCGAUGGCUGGGGCAAAAAGAUGUCGUACGUGUUUGCCGUGAGUGCGACGUAUAUUGCGGACGUGUCGCCCAAAUACAUCAAAAAGGGCCAGUUGCCCAGAAACAGGCUCGGAGAAUACGAGCUGGCAGACACGCUAGCGUACAUUAAUCUGAGCAAAUGGAUCGGCAUGGACGACGACGACCUGCUUGCGACGCUGGCAGACUUCAUUAACGACUACAAGAGCCGGCGCGGGAGCCAACGUCCCACGCCCAGCGGGCCUCUCGUGCCGCGACAGAGCGGUGCUCCCGAAUGGAGGCGUUCUCGCGGCGAGGAUGGAUUACGUAAGCACUAAUGGGAGAUUAUGGCGGUGUAGAGCUUAAAAAAAAUUUAGGAA